AUGUCAUCUUUUGCAGAUGUUUUUGACAAAUUUAUAGACAAAAAUGGGAAUUUUCAGAAGUCUUUGUCUAAUGAUACUAUGGGGUUGUUGUCCUUGUAUGAGGCCUCGUUUCUCGCAGCUAAGGAAGAGAGUAUAUUGGAUGAGGCGAGAGGCUUUUCUACAAAACACUUAGAAGAAAACUUGAAGAAAAUAAAGAAUCCAUUUUUGGCGAUGCUCGUUAAUCACGCUCUCGAGGUUCCUCUCCAUUGGGCGAUGCAAAGAUUCGAGGCAAGAUGGUUCAUAGAUGCAUAUGGAAAGAAAGAAGAUGUGAAUCUCACACUCCUCAAUUUUGCUAAGUUGGAUUUCAACAUGGUACAAGCCAUACAUCAAGAAGACCUUAAACAUGUUUCGAGAUGGUGGGAGAACUUGGGAUGGGGUAAAAAAUUGCCCUUCCUUAGGGACCGAUUGGUGGAAUGUUACUUAUGGUCCUUGGCAGAGGUGUAUGAUCCAAGACCUGAAUCUCAAUACUAUAGAAGGAUGUCCACAAGGGUGAACCAACUUGCCACAUCCAUUGAUGAUAUUUAUGAUGUCUAUGGCACUUUGGAUGAACUUGAGCUGUUAACUGAUGCAUUUUUCAGGUGGGACGUGAAUCUUGUUGAAACCCUGCCAGACUAUAUGAAGAUAUGUUUCCUUGGCAAUGUCAAUUCUGUCAAUGAAUUAGGCUAUGAGGCUCUUAAGUGUUUUGGAGUUAACGCCCUUCCUUAUCUCAUCAAAUCGUGGACGGAUUUAUGUGGGUGUUAUAUGAAAGAAGCCAGGUGGUUUUAUGGAGGGCAUGUGCCUUCUCUUGAUGAGUACUUAAACCAUGCAUGGAUGUCUAGUGCAACUCCUAUGAUGGUUGUUCAUGGAUAUUUUCUUUGUAUUUCUGCUUCUAAUCCCAUCACUAAGGAGGGUUUGGAAGCAAAAGAAUUGAAACGAGGAGAUAUUCUCAAAUCGGUGCAAAUUUAUAUGCAUGAAACUGGUGCAUCAGAAGAAUCGGCUCAGCAAUAUAUUAAAGAGCUCGUUAUAGAGACAUGGAAGAAAAUAAACACAACUAGCGUAAGGCCUGAUUGCCCUUUUGGGAAGAAGUAUGUGGAUAUAACAACAAACAUUGCGAGAGCAACUCAUUACAUGUAUCAAUAUGGAGAUGCACAUGGACAUAAUAUUAAAGGGAAAAACAAGGACCGAAUCACCAUGCUCCUCAUCGAGCCAAUUCCGAUUUCCUUUGAUUGA